ACGAUUCCUUCUGAUGAUGCUUCUGAACCUGCUGAGACACAAGUCACUCGUGAGGCUUCAGUCCCUCCUCCUGAACCUAUUUUCAAGGUGAUACCUAUUAAUCCUUUAGUCACUUCCUCACCAACUCGGUCAGCUAAUUCAGAUGUGCAAAUUAAGGAGCGUUUGGCAAAGAAGAUAAGGAUUGUGGAUCCCCCUUCUGAAGUUCUUGUUGAAUGGCCAAUCCAU